AUGAUAAAUUUCCUUAAGUGGAGUUUUCAGUUUAGUUCUAUUUUGCGUGGAUAUGAUCUUCUUGAUCAUUUCACAGGUGAUUCUGUAUGUCCUCCCAAAUUUGUUCUCAUUCCUAAAUUAGGGGUUACUACUGUGAUAAAUGCUGCAUAUAAAGAUUGGGUCAAAAUUGAUCUGGCACUGUUAAGUUUGUUGAUUGCCACACUAGGUGAUGAUGCUAUUGAACAUGUGGUAGGAUGUAAGACCUCUUAUGAGGCAUGGGUUGCAUUACAUGAUCGAUAUAUGUUUGUAUCUAAAGCUAUUGUUAACCAUUUGAAAGUUGAACUUCAAACUAUGCAAAAAGGGGGGGAUUCCAUAGAUAAGUAUCUACUGCGGUUAAAGGCUCUUAAAGAUCAAUUACAAGCUGCUAGGGAGAAAGUGUCAAAUAAUAAUCUCAUUAUUGUUGCACUAACAGGCCUACCUUCUAACUAUGAUACAAUUCGAACUGUUAUAUUUGCAAGAGAGUCCCUUAUUACACUGAAGGAAUUCCGGGCUCAGUUGAUUGGUGUAGAGAAGAGUAUUGACGCUCGAAUGCAUUCUUUAGUUCAGGGUAUGUCUGCCAUGUUUGUGAAUGCUAAUUCUUCCAAUGAGAUUACUGGGAGUCCUUCAGGCACUUCAAGUAGUUCUCCUCCUGCUCAGUUUUCUCCAAAUCCUUACUAUUCUUUGAUUGGUAGUUCUUCCUCCCAAACAAGUUAUCAUUUAUCUGGUAAUCGUUUUCAGUCUAAUGGUUUCUCAGGCUCCAAUUCUAAUGGCAGAUUUUCUGGUCCUAAUAACUAUAGGCCAAGAAGCAAUGGCAAUUAUAAACCAAGGUUCAAUGGGUCUAGAUCUGGUAACAAUUGGCAAUCUUGGUCUGGUAGUACCUCUAAUAGAUUUGAACCUGUUCCAGAGUGUCAAAUAUGUUCUCAAAAAGGUCAUGUUGCAGUUACUUGCCUUUAUAGGAAUGACAAUGGACAAUCUGUUCAGGAGUGUCAAAUCUAUGGUAAACGUGGUCAUAUAGCCUUAAAUUGCAGACAUAGAGGCAAUUAUGCAUAUCAAGGAGCUCAACCUCCUCCUUCUUUAUCUGCCAACUAUGCAAAUUAG